UGUUGUUUAACUAUCUUAUUCAUUUUGCGAAGUUAAUUAAACACAUACACUAAGAUCCUCUGCUAUUUUCUAAAAUGGCUUCUCUGCUUUUUAUGCUCCUCCCUCACUUAAUGAUCCUCUUGAUAUUGAUUCAGAUUCCUCCAUACUUAAGCUCCAAUGAUGAUAACUAUACAAGUUGUGCUGAUACUCGCUAUGAUUGUGGGAAGAUUAACAACAUUGGUUUUCCAUUCUGGGGAGGAAAUCGUCCAAAGCAGUGUGGCCACCCUCUUCUACAACUCAACUGUGAUCCUGAUCAUGACUCCACUACUUACAUAACCAUCAAGAACAUGAGAUACCGGGUUUUGCAAGCAUACCCGGAAAACCAAACCAUGAAGAUAGCAAGAGUUGACUACUUUGAAGGUCUAUGCCCUUCAAAAGCAGUAAACACAAGCCUUGACUUUGAGCUCUUUGAUUAUGGGCCUGGCAAUAAGAAUCUUACCCUCUUCUAUCAUUGUAAUGGAUUGUCCAAUUCCAUCCCCGGAUUUCUUAAUUGUUUCUCAAAUAGAACUUCAAAUGAAUACUUUUAUGCUAGGCCUGAAGCUCUAGGUGCUCCUCCUUCUAGUGUUGUUUGCAGAACAAGUGUGUUUAUUCCAUUGUUGUUGCAACUUGAUGUUGAAGUGGAGUUGUCAUGGAACAACAUAGAAGGUGCUAUCCAAAAUGGAUUCUUGGUGAAAUGGAUAGGAAGUGUAGCAGAAUGUUUCAAGUGUAUGAACUCAGGUGGAGCCUGUGGCUAUGAUUGGAAUUCAAAUCAACCAACAUGUUAUUGCAAAGAUGAGUCUGGCUAUUCAUAUUUGGAUGAUGGGCACAUCAAAAUCUUUGAUGCUUUUGCUACCUCAUCAACUCAAGAUGAUCAUGUCCUUCCAAAUUCAGGUAUGUAAUAUAUAUACAUGAUAUAUGGCUAUUUCAAUUGCAGGUAUUUCCUGUAAGUAGCCGCUUAAACAAG